AUGACUACUGAGGAGCCGAACUCUGCUUUGCAGCUUAUACUGGAGCAGAUUGCUGGUCUAACGGACACUCUUGCUAAGCAAGAGGCGCGUUAUUAUAAGGAAAUGGCUGCUAUGCGCAAGGACUUUGAAGAGCGCCUUAAUAUAGUUACACAGUUAGCAAGAACCUUGCUAAAAGCUACUUUCGCCAAGACUAAAGAGGAACCAGCACCCGAAGACACCCUAAAGUCUAGGAAUAGCUUGUCGGAACGACUGCCUAACCCCCCUGCCUUUAGCGGCAAGAAGAAAGACCUCCUACUCUUCCUCACUAAACUCCGCUAUAAGUUAAAAGGAAACGCCGACCGCUUCCCUACUAAAGAAUCACAACUUAUAUACGCACACUCCCGACUCGAACACGACCUUGCUACACUUAUCGACCCGCUUAUAGGCAAGGAUAUUGUCACACAAGGAAAGAGGAACUUUCUCUCCUACUUUGCUAAAUUCCGCCGCCUCGUAGCCGACACCAACCUAAACGAAGGCGCCUAG